AUGUCAUUCAUCUCUCCUACUCCAUCGCUCAAUGGGAUAAUCGAGAAGUUUCCACUUGGAGCUUCAUUUUCAACUUCGACCUCGGCUACGACUACGACUACGACUUCAUCCUCAGAUGGAACUUCAGAGAAAACUCCUUCUGGCGAAAACAAGACUCUUGAUCAGGGUGAAACCCUGUUCACUCCUAUUAGAAUAGGUGAUAUUCAAUUAGAUCAUAGGAUUGUCAUGUGUCCUUUGACUAGACACCGUGCUAGCCAGCAAGGAGUUCAUGGUGAACUGGGUAAAACAUAUUAUGGUCAAAGAGCUACUAAAGGAGGCCUGAUCAUCACUGAGGGCACGAUCGUAUCUCAAGAAGCAGGUGGAGAAGCGAAUGUACCUGGUAUAUACUCUGAUGAACAGGUUGAAGCUUGGAAGGAGAUCACUAAAAAUGUACAUGACAAAGAGGGGAAAAUAGUCUGUCAACUUUGGUCAUUGGGGCGAGUAGCAGAUCCAUCACUAGUCGAAAAAGUCUAUUCACCCAAUAAUAUCCCUUACAUGUCGACUGAAAGAGGACCCCACAUGCCAGCGUUGACAGUGAUGACUGAAGAUGAUAUUAAGAGAUUUGUGAAUUCCUACAAAGAAGCAGCGAGGAAUGCUGUACGAGCUGGAUUUGACGGUGUGGAAAUACACGCUGCUAAUGGAUAUUUGAUUGAUCAGUUUCUGCAAACCAACUCCAACACACGAGAAGAUUCAUACGGUGGAUCGUUGCUUGACAGAUCACGAUUCCUCUUCCAAAUUAUCGAAUCAGUCAUCUCUGUGAUUGAGGAAAAUAAAGUCGGUAUUAGGUUAUCGCCUUAUUCGACAUUUCAAGGAAUGAGAAUGAUCAACCCGUUAGAAACCUUCCUUCCUCUACUCGAAGGAAUCAUGAAUAAACAUCCCAAUUUGGCUUAUAUCCAUGUGAUAGAAGGAGAUCAAUCUGGAGAUGACACGAAAGAGCUCAGACAAGUGGUGAUGAGCAAAGGGAAUGGAACGGGAUAUAUCUCUGCUGGAGGAUAUCAAGUUGAUCAAGCUAGAAAAGUGGUAAAUCAGCAUGGAGGGAUGAUAGGAUUUGGAAGAUAUUUCAUAUCCAAUCCAGAUCUACCUGCUCGUAUUCAGAGUGAUUUGCCCUUGAGUGAAUGGGACGAAUCUACGUUCUAUACUAAUUCAGCUGAAGGUUAUAUUGAGUGA